AUGAAAAGGCACGGCGGAAUAUCCAUAAAGUUGUCAAUUGUUAUGAUAGAGGAAAUUAAGAACUAUCUUACAACAGGCAAGCUACCAGAGUAUUUGACAGAUGCAGGAAGGGAGGCUUUUCUAAAAAGAUCACAGAUAUUUACAAUGGGCGAGGACGGCAGCAUUAGAGCGCAAAUGAUAAAGGACGGAGCAGAGCUCUGUGCCGUAGGGGACGACGACACAGAAACAAUCCAAAGAAUCUUUGACGAGGUGCACGUGGAGAACGGGCACUUGAAGCUCUACAAGACAUGGAAGCUCAUUAAGGAGGAGUGGUUCGGGUUCAAGAAGGACAGAAUAGUUGCUUUAAUGGAAAAAUGCAAGGAGUGCAUGCACGAAAACAAGGAUUUCCACAAGGAAAAUAUCCCCGGGAACACGUCGGAGAAUGAGGAGAACGAGGGGUUUGAAGACACCCAGGACACAGGGAAGGAGAAGCAGCCACUGCCGGAAGCAGAAAAGCCCAUGCAGAGGCUGGACAUUUCUCUUAUUAAUCUAGCAGAGUUCAAGGACGAGAACAAUGGAUACAGCGAGAUUUUGCACAUCAUUGAUGCACACUCAGACUACAACUUUGUGCACCCGCUUACAAACUGCAUCGACUUAAGCAGCCAGGUCGCCAUGGGGCUGGAACGAAUAUUCCAGGAGGAGGGCCGGCCACAGUGCGUUUAUAAGGCGAGAAGCAUGGGAGACGUGGACAUCUCGUUCCCGGAGGCGCCAGAUGCAGAGCCAAUACAAUGCGUGCAGGGAAACAUAAAGGUGCAUGUAAAGGAGCAGUACAAGAACGUUGAAAGGAUUUUCAAAACAUUCCGAAGCAAGCUCAAGCGGUAUAUUUUGAAGUCCGACAACAAAAAAACAUGGAUUCAUGUCAUUGACGACUUAAUCCGUGGAAUGAACACAAAAAAACAACCAUAUACUGAUAUAACGCCAGAAAUGAUCUUCAAGCACAAAGUAAAUAAAGUAUCAAUUGAGAUAAAGGAGCUGGAUACGUUGAAGCAGUAUAGAAGCAAGCGAUACAAGGAAACCAUGCAGGUCCAAGGAAAAGAAAGAAUGAAGAUGAUACUGGAUACGCAGAAGAGAAGAGGAAAGGCUGGGCUGAAAGAAAAAACGCAGGAGAGGGAGGCGCCGGAGUUCGGAGACAUCAUUAGCAUACGAAAGCCCAAGCGGCCAGACGGAAUCUGCACUGAGUACGAGGCAGGCACGUGGAUGGUGCUCGAGGAGCUUCCAAACCAGGAGGGGCACUUUCUGGUGGGCACUGGAGAAAUUACAAAGGUGGUUCCUUUGGAAAUGAUCAAGAUAAUAGAGAAAAACAUCUUUAUACCGAGAGACUCCAGCUAA